AUGUCUGAAGAUAUUCGCUAUAAUUAUUAUAAUAUUAUUGAUUAUAAUCCAAAUAAAUGGACAAAAAACUGGACCCAACAUUCAGGGAUUGCAUACAUACCGGCGAUCACCGAAUGGGAAGAACUUAUGUUUGACACUCUCGAUGGCGAUAAACUUCAUGAGUUUAUGCAACAAAAAUGGUAUUAUUCAGUGUAUAUAUCUAUUGCUUACAUUAUUUUGAUACCAAUUUUGCGAGAAUGGAUUAAAUCAAGAGGAAAGGGUUAUAAUUUACGGACAAUGCUUACAAUUUGGAACUCCGUUUUAGCCCUUUUCUCCUUUAUUGGAGUCGUCAGAUGUUUACCAGAGUUUAUAGAUAUACUGAUUAAUAAAGGAUUUGUCGCAUCAUUUUGUGAAUCAGACUAUUAUAAUGAUCCGCGACUUAACUGGUGGUAUCUGUUGUUUGUCUGGUCUAAAGUUAUUGAACUAAUCGAUACAUUGUUUAUAUUGUUACGAAAUGGAAAGUUACUAACACUUCAUUGGGUACACCAUUGCUUGACAUUAAUAUACUCGUGGUAUGUGUUCGGUGACGUCCCGGCCACUGCCCGAUGGAUGGUUAACAUGAACUUCAUUGCACAUACUCUUAUGUAUACAUAUUAUACAUUAAAAGCAAUGAGAAUAUCCAUACCAUUGGUCAUCAGUAUAUCAAUAACAUUGAUACAGAUAUUGCAAAUGAUUUUUGGACUUUAUAUCAAUUAUAUUGUCAUACAAUUUAAAGACAGUGGCGUUGCGUGUGAUGUCUCCAAACCUAUUGCCACAACUGGUCUUUCACUUUAUACUUUUGAUCACUUGCCACUAGAAGAGUCCAUAAGAUUAUCUAAACAAUUGUUUGAUAACAUAGUUAAAGAUAACGAUACCGACAAAGGAUUAGCCGAAGUUGAGUCCUAUUGUGAUCGCAGUAUUUAUCAUUGUUUUGUCAAAAUGACAAUUAUGAUAACCACUGCAGUCGUCACAAUGGAUAAGUUAGAUAUAGAGAAUGCCAAUCAAUCGGUUGAAGAAACGAAAAAAUUAUGCAAUAAAUAUAGAAAAACUGGUUUUAUUGUAAGUUUCAUGAGAUUGUUAAAAACACCUGAUUAUGACAAAUACACAGAUUUGGAAUUACACUCAGAAUUAAUGCACACUAUAUGUUAUGUCUGCAGUGGUAUUGUUUUAGCCAUUGAAACCAAUAAUAUCUAUAGUUUGAUUCGAUUAGCUUAUAGACUCCAAAAAUGUAUCAAAAAUUUUAGAUAUUGUAAGAUAUGUGCGAAAACUCGUACACAUUGGGAAAAUAAAUUAUCUGAAAAUACUUACAAAUCUGCUGUUUUAUUGGGUAAUGGUUUGAGAAAUUUAUUUAUAAGUAAUAUACCUCCAAAAGUAUUGGCAAUCAUCAACUUUUUGGGCAUUAAAGGCAGUGAAAGUAAUGGUUGGAAGAGUAUAAAUGAGGGAACACUGAUAGAGUCAAACAUUUUUAGUAUUCUUUGUAUUUGGUUUCGUAUAAUCUAUUGGUUAUACGCAGAACCGCAUGGAUAUAUGGGUCCUAUAAAUAAUGACUUUUGCAGACAAGUCUUGAAUAGUCAAUUGGAAAUAUAUCCUAAGAAUCUAAUACUUCGUACGGCUGAAGCAAAGUUAGAAGAAAUUAGUGGAAACAUUGAUAAAGCCAUUGAAAUCUAUAAUGAAUUGUUGUCUGAUCCACAUAUGGCACCCAAACGUAUUUUUCAUUUUCAUUUAAUGUUUUGUUAUGCACUGAAAUGUGAUUGGGAUCCAUGCAUUGACAAUGCAAGUAAGUUCCGCACCGGUAGCUUAUAUUCACCAGCAAUGGCCACAUAUUUUGAAGCAAUAGUUCGUUACGCAAAAGCUGUAGACUUGGAUGAUAAAGAAGAAAUGGAAAAAGCUGUCAAACUAUUUAAAGUUACUCCAUCAUUACGUAUCCGACAUUUGGGUAAAACAAUAACACCUGAAAAGGUAGCGGUUGUCCGAUCGGAAAAUUUUUUUAAAAACAACGAUCUAUUAGUUUUACCCGAUAUUAUUUGA